UUCCGUCCGCCUGCGUGUGUUAGUCUGGCCGUGCGUUUUGCUGCCCAAGCCUAAGUUCACAAUGUCCACUGCAUCGGAGAAGCAAAAGCGGGUCUUGCCCCUGUUCCAGUAUGUGUCCUUUUCCACCAGGGACAAGUUUGGAAUGCGGGUGCAGAGGGACCCUCGCCUGGCAGGCUUGGGCAUUUUGGGAAGGGGCGUCCUCUUCUCCUGCUUCCACGAGGAUCAUCUGAAGGAAGCCACCCAGUUGUAUGAAGUACUCAUCACUGUUCCUACCUUCGAAGAAUUCCUCGAUUUGUGCCAUCAAUGCAGGGACUACGUCAACGAAGGACUGUUCGCAUAUUCCGUGUCCGUAGCCAUCUUGCACAGGAAGGAUUGCAGAGGUGUCAACUUGCCACCAGUUCAAGAAAUCUUCCCUGACAAAUUCGUCCCAGUAGAAACCUUGUAUGAGGCCUACAAGUCCACCCAAUUGUACAAAGAUGAUGAAGACGUCAUCAUUGACAUCCAGAAGACAGGUAACAUCAUGGAUCCUGAAUACAACUUGGCUUACUACAGGGAAGACGUCGGAAUCAACGCACAUCAUUGGCACUGGCAUCUUGUGUAUCCCGCUACAUGGAGGCCAGAGGUCAUUGGAAGGAUCAAGGACAGGAAAGGCGAAUUGUUCUUCUACAUGCAUCAGCAGAUGUGUGCCAGAUACGAUUGUGAACGUCUGUCCAAUCACAUGCCCCAGAUGAUUCCUUUCCACAACUUCCAUGAGCCUCUUGAAGGAUACUCUGCCCAUCUGAGUUCCAACAUCAACGGUUUGCCGUACUCAUCCAGAAGUUCUGGCACUAAACUCCGGGAUUUGGAUGAUUGCGCUGUCCAGGACAUGGAACGAUGGAGAGAAAGGAUCUUGGAAUCCAUCAACUUGGGAGUUGUUGUUGAUCCCAACGGACACGAAUUCCCACUCGAUGAAAUCCACGGUAUUAAUAUUCUUGGAAAUAUUAUUGAAUCCAGCUACGACUCAGUCAACGUGCCAUUCUACGGAAGUUUGCACAAUUGGGGACAUGUCCUGAUCGCUGCAGCUCAUGAUCCUGAUGGCAGAUACAAGUUGAACCCUGGUGUUAUGGACGACACAGCUACUUCCCUCCGUGAUCCCAUCUUCUACAGGUGGCACAGGUUCAUUGAUGACCUUUUCCAAGAAUACAAGAAAAAACUCCCCCCAUACAGCAAAAGAGAACUGGAAUUCGGCAAUGUCACAGUCAAAUCUCUCAGCGUCAAGGCUCAGACUCCUAACACAAUUAGAACGUUCUUCAAGCAAGAUUACUUGGAUGUCUCCCAUGCUUUCUACUUUGGCAGAUCUGGAAGCGUAAAGGUUCGUUACCAACAUUUGGACCACGAGCCAUUCAUCUACAGAUUCGAAGUGGAAAAUACCGGAACCAGGACUCGACACGCUAAAGUGCGAAUCUAUUUGGGACCCAAACGUGAUCAUUUGGGCAAUGAAAUCAAGAUUGGUGAAAUUAGGAGACUUAUGAUUGAAUUGGACUCUUUCCAUGUUGAGUUGAAACCUGGUAUGAAUACCAUUGAACGCCGAUCCAUCGAUUCCAGCGUAACCUUGAGCAAGCAGAAGUCCUUGAGAGAACUCCUGAAGGGUGAAGGAGCUGACAGGAGAGGAGAUGAAUACUGCAGCUGUGGAUGGCCAGAUCAUCUUCUUGUUCCAAAGGGUGAUGAGGUUGGAUUGGAAUUCCAUCUCUUCGCCAUCUUCACUAACUAUUUCGAAGACACUGUUAACGAUCACGGCCGAACUAACGAAUGCUUGGAUGCUGUGAGCUAUUGUGGAGCCAAGGACCAACUGUACCCCGACAAGCGAGCUAUGGGCUUCCCCUUCGACAGAGAGAUCCGUGCUUUCAACUUCAAGGAGUGGAGGCUGCCUAACAUGAUUGAUACACAAAUCAAAAUCAAGCAUACCGUUGCUUAAAGAGACAUUAUUAAAAAAAUAACAUCCGGAUUUCAAUUAUGAAGAAUUAUUAAAUUCAACUUAUAUAUAAGAAGAAAAAAAAACCCAAUGAAAUUAAAUAAAAAAUAAUUUAUACCGCUUGUCUUUGUUACCCCUUGCUUCUUAAGAUUUGACAAGGUAUUGAUAAUAAAUGCUAUUUUGCAGCUAGA